AUGCGACACUCGCGCCCCCUGCAUAAUACUACAUCGCUCCCUCGGGGCCUGCGCGACGAACUCGGUAUCAAGGACCGAUAUGGCGAGAAGAAACGUAGGUUGAACGGUCCGGCGUCGCGAAAGGACCGCCGCAAAGCAGAACGAGCGGGAAAGAAGUCGAACAAGACCCAUGGCUUUCGCCAGACAAGACGCGAGCAAUUCGCUGACGACGGCGACGAUGACGAGGGUGGUGAUCUCGGUGCGUCCGAUUUGGCGAGUGAAGACGACGAACAAGAAGAAGAAGAAAUGCCAAAGCCGAUCUUGAAGAAGUCGACGUCAAAGACAGCUGUGGUAUCAAGCCGGGAUGAUGAUGAUGAACCAGCAGAGUCAACUCGACGAGUCUCGAAAGCGAUCAAGGACAAAUUGGAUCAGGAUGAUGCUGAAAUUGCUGCUUUGGAGAAGAAGCUGGGGCUCAAGAAGGGCAAAAAACUCCCCAAGUCAUUCAUGGACGAUGGGCUGGAUGAUCUUCUGGGUGAUUUGGACGAGGGGUCUGGGGAUGAGAGCCGCAAGCGCAAACGAGAAGCUGACGAAUGGCUACUGAACAAGAGGAGGAAGGCCCAGGGACUACAAUCAGACAAUGAUUCUGAGGAUGAUGAUAGUGAUCUGGAAGACGACGAUCUCGAUGGUCUGCUAGACGAAGACGAUGAAGAUCUCGACGAUGAGGAUGAUGAGGAUGACUCGGGUGCAUCGGACGAAGACGACGAGGGCGACUUUGAAGGAUUUGAGGAUGAAGAGGAAGAGAAGCGCUCCCAACCGAAGAAGAAGGAAAAUCCUUAUGUUGCACCGGUCACAAAAACGGAUGAUACUCGACCCAACAAAUAUAUCCCCCCGUCACUUCGCGCGGCUCCCACCUCGGAGACGGAAUCUCUCACACGAUUGCGCAGACAGGCCCAGGGACACCUGAACAAGUUGUCCGAAGCCAAUCUUGUUUCGAUCCUGGCUGAGUUCGAGAAGCUAUACCGUGAAUACCCACGCCAACACGUUACUUCGACAUUAAUGAAUCUUUUGUUCGGUCUUGUCUGCGAGAGGUCGGCGCUGAACGAUACGUUUGUUAUUCUCCACGCCGGUUUCAUUGCCGCACUCUACAAGGUGAUCGGUAUGGACUUUGGUGCAGAGCUUGUGCAGAAGAUCGUGGAAACGUUUGACGCUGGGGGAGAUGAACGCGGUCAAUUCGAAGGCAAGGAGUUGAUCAAUCUGAUCUCUCUCCUAUCACAACUAUAUAACUUCCAUGUUGUCGGCAGCGCGCUGGUCUUUGACUACAUCCGGAUUUUCCUACAGGACAUUACUGAAAGCAACACCGAACUUCUGCUUAAGAUUAUCCGAAAUUCCGGUCCUCAGCUGCGCCAAGAUGACCCUUCUGCGCUUAAAGACAUUGUCCUGCUCAUUCAGCCCGCAGUGGCCAAAGUGGGCGAAACGAGCCUUUCUGUUCGCACCAAGUUCAUGAUCGAGACCAUCACCGAUCUGAAAAACAACCGAAUCAAGGCCGGUGUGGGAUCGAGCGUGACAUCAGAGCACAUCACCAAGAUGCGCAAGAUUCUUGGCUCUCUCAACAGCUCUCGCGUCAUUCGAGCCUCGGAGCCGAUCCGCAUUUCACGGUUAGACAUCCACAACUCUUCAAAGAAAGGGAAAUGGUGGUUGGUUGGUGCGAGCUGGAAGGAAGAUCCGCUCGAAGCCGCUCGUCAGGAACUCUCGGGCCUGCCCCUGGGCACCCAUCCUGAUUACCCUCAGCAAGAUGCGGAUGACGACGAGGAUGCAGAGCCCGAUCUUCUCGGGAUUGCCAAGGCACACCGGAUGAACACUGAUGUACGGCGCUCCAUCUUCGUUGCAAUCAUGUCUGCCACAGACUACCAGGACGCCCACGUACGCCUCCUGAAACUCCGGCUGAAGCGUGCUCAGGAGUUCGAGAUUCCUCGGGUCCUUCUCCAUUGCGCUAUGGAAGAAGAGGCACACAACCCAUACUAUACGUUGAUUGCGCGCCGGCUCUGCGGAGAAAUGGGCCGGCGGAUCAAAGUCUCCUUUAUGUUCGCGCUGUGGAACAUCUUCAAGCGAAUGGGUGAAAGAAGCGAUAUGGACGAUGGGGAUGAGGAUCCCGGCUUUGACGACGACAACGAGAGCGACAAGGUCACGAUGAAAGCCAUCGUAAACCUUGCCAAGAUGUAUGGUGGUCUGGUUGCGGACGGGUCGCUAGCAUUGAACAUUUUGAAGAACCUGAAUUUUGCAUAUUUGCAGCCCAAGUCCAAGACAUUUGUGGAAUUGAUGAUGAUCAGCGUGAUUCAACAGUCGCAGAAGCAGAAGAAGAAGAAAAACGCAAAGAAGGCCGCCAAGUUGAACGCAGAUGAUGAGAGCACCGGGCGAGACGAAAAGGCCCUGGAAGAUAUCUUCUUCCGCACUCGCGAUACGCCACAGGUGGUCAAGGGGUUGAUCUACUUCCUGCGCAAGGUUGUUGCGAAGACCGACAUCCUUGACUCGGACAAGGAUCGGAGGCUGAUCAAAUGGGGAUGCAAGGUGGCCGUCGACACUCUGACCGUCGUGGCAGGUGAGGGCAGAGAUUGA